AUGCCUGCGUCCAAGCGGAAAAGGGGAGGCCAGAAGGCCACCUCAAAGAGAGCUGCAAAGAACACAGCAAAGCCUGAAACACCUGCAGACCCAGAGCCUGAUCUCCAACGCACUCAGCCAAGCACAUACACGGUUGAAUCCCUGCCAGAGGAGAAUGCUGCUGCCGAUCCAGCUGCAGAAAGUGCUCCCUCACCACGAAUCCUGGCUCCUCUCACACAACUCAAAUCCUCCACCCCCAACGCCGAUCUCACAUCUAGUCCUUCCAUCCCUAAAUCCCCUACCCCUUCAUCGCCAGACGCCAAAACAGCAAGCCAGGGUCCCGGCUCAGCAGCACCCGACCAUCCCAUCCUCCCACCAUCGUCUCCCUCCACAUACCAACCCCACUCAGCCUCCCCUUCAGCUCCCCAGCCCCCAACCAGCAAUCCCAGCUCCGCCAACCUCCUCCGCACCAAGAUCUCCACCCUCCAAUCACAGACAUCAACCCUGCAAACCCAGCUCUCAAGCACCUACGCCCAGCUCGCCGCCAAGACCACCCCGGCACCCGAAUCCGAUCCAGCCGCAAAAGCGGAAGCCAUACUGAAACGCCACAUCCGCCUCCUACACGAAUACAACGAGAUCAGGGAUGUGGGGAUGGGGCUUAUGGGCUUGAUUGCCGAUGCGAGGGGCGUCAGGCUGGGUGAGGUUAUGGAUGGGUUUGGCGUGGGGGCGGAUGGCGAUUGA